GUCUCAGAGCUGCAAGCAGGUUUGACUCCAGAAUCCUUGUGGCCCUGCUUUCAGGUUCCUCCUCCUUUCCUCUUAGUCUUUAUCUCUUUAUCAAUUUCCCCUCGGGACCUUUCCAUGGGUUACCGUAAUUCCUGCUGCCCUAGACGCCCCCUGUGUUAGCCAUAGGAUUUUUACUACCUGACUACAGGUUAAUAGUCCACUUUUGAUAGUCCCUUACCUUCAGACUCAUGUCUCCACUGUUUCCUGCAGCCAAGAAAUGCUGGGAAGGAUGGGCCCCAGCGCAUUACCACCUGAGGGUACAAGUUAGGGAUUGAGGGUGGGAAGUUGGUGUCAGUCAUUUAAUACGAGGCCUUAAUCACUGCCCUGCCUUCUGUAGGUACUGCCAGUCAGCUACCAUGGCCUCUCAGCUUCUUGGGCUGGCAGAGGAGUCUGGCCCAAGCCCGGGGGAGUCUGAAUUGGCUGUGAACCCCUUUGAUGGGCUCCCCUUCUCUUCCCGCUACUACGAGCUGCUUGAACAGCGCCGAGCCUUACCCAUCUGGGCUACUCGCUUUAUCUUCUUGGAGCAAUUGGAGAGUAGCCCCAGUGGAGUGGUGCUGGUGUCUGGAGAGCCUGGCUCUGGCAAGAGCACCCAGAUUCCUCAGUGGUGUGCAGAGUUUGCACUGGCCAGGGGGUUCAAGGAAGGCCGAGUAACUGUCACUCAGCCCUACCCUCUGGCAGCCCUGAGCCUGGCCGUGCGGGUUGCUGAUGAGAUGGACCUAACCCUGGGUCAAGAGGUUGGAUAUAGCAUUCCCCAGGAGGACUGCACUGGGCCAGACACCCUGCUCAGGUUUUGCUGGGACAGGCUGCUUCUACAGGAGGUGGCCUCAACCCGGGGCACUGGAGCCUGGGGCGUGCUGGUGCUGGAUGAGGCUCAAGAGCGGUCAGUGGCCUCAGAUUUGCUCCAGGGGCUACUGCGAAAUGCCAAGCUGGGAAAUCUUCCAGGAGACUCCAGAGUGGUUGUGGUUACUGACCCUGCCCUUGAACCUAAGCUCCAAGCCUUCUGGGGCAAUCCAACAAUCGUGCAUGUACCCAGAGGGCCUGGCGCAUGUCCCACUCCUGUAUACAGGGACAUUGUCCCUACUGAUCGAGUGGAAGCUGCCUGCCAAGCUGUGCUUGAAUUGUGUGCGAAGGAGGCUCCAGGAGAUGUGCUAGUAUACCUGCCCAGUGAGGAGGAAAUUUUGCAGUGCUGUGAAUCCUUGUCCAGAGAGGUGGAGCCCUUGGCUCUCAGAGGGCCUCCACCACGAGUGCUGCCCCUUCACCCAGGACAUGGUCCAGCUGUUCAGGCUGCAUACGAGGACAUAGACUUGGGUGCCCGAAAGGUCGUGGUCACUCACUGGCUGGCUGACUUCUCCUUCUCCCUCCCUUCUAUCCGACAUGUCAUUGACUCAGGACUGGAGCUUCGAAGUAUCCGAGCAGAAUCCCAAGUGUUGAGACCAAUCAGCAGGUGUCAGGCAGAGGCAAGAAGACUACGGGCAAGAGGAAUCCCACCAGGGUCCUGCAUCUGCCUAUAUCCUGAGUCCUUCCUAGAACUAGAGGCGCCCCUACUGCCCCCACCCAGGGUAUGUGAAGAGAAUCUGAGCCCCAUGGUGUUACUUUUAAAGAGGAGACAGAUUGCAGAGCCAGGGGAGUGUCACUUCUUGGACCGGCCUGCUCCAGAAGCACUGAUGCAGGCCCUGGAAGACUUAGACUAUCUGGCAGCUCUGGAUGAUGAUGGGAACCUGUCAGACCUGGGAGUCAUCCUAUCAGAGUUCCCCCUGCCCCCUGAGUUGGCCAAAGCCCUGCUGGCCUCCUGCGAAUUUGACUGUGUGGAUGAGAUGCUCACCCUUGCCGCCAUGCUCACUGCUGCUCCUGGAUUUACCCAUCCUCCACUCUCUGCAGAAGAAGCUGCCUUGCGUCGGGCCCUGGAACACGCGGAUGGCGACCACAGUUCUCUGAUCCAGGUGUAUGAAGCCUUUAUACAGAGUGGAGCAGACGAGGCUUGGUGCCAGGCUCGGGGGUUAAACUGGGCAGCACUGUGCCAAGCCCAGAAACUUCGAGGCGAACUCCUAGAACUCAUGCAACAAAUUGAGCUUCCCUUGUCCCAGCCAGCCUUUGGCUCUGAGCAGAAUCGCAGAGACCUUCAGAAAGCACUGGUGUCAGGAUACUUCCUUAAGGUGGCCCGAGACACAGAUGGAACUGGAAAUUACCUGCUCCUGACACAUAAGCAUGUAGCCCAGCUCUCCCCGUACUGCUGCUACCGAAGCCGCAGGUCUCCGGCCAGAUCUCCGCCCUGGGUGCUUUACCACAGUUUCUCCAUUUCCAAAGACAACUGCCUUUCCAUUGUUUCUGAGAUUCAACCACAGAUGCUGGUAGAGUUGGCCCCUCCCUACUUCCUGAGUAACUUGCCUCCCAGUGAGAGCAGAGACCUCUUGAAUGAGCUGAGAGAAGAAACGACAGAUUCUUCAAUAGAGAGUGAAUCACCCUCCACCCAAGAGUUUGGAGAUGCCUGUGUCCUGCAGUGACCUGCCUAAGGAAUGGAACUGAGCUCAUCUCAAAGCAUUAGAUCCUCCCUCAGGCUAGCACCAAGGCAGCCAGCCAGAUUUAGAAGGCCAAAGGUUAGGAUCCAAUGUAAAUCCUGGAACCUGACUGAGUCUCAAGAAAUGGUGGACUGAAAAUAGAGGAAAUUGGAUAAGCCACAGGAUACAUAAGGUUGAACCCUUUCCUUAGCCUUGUUCUAUUUAUUAGAGAAUGACUGAUAUGCCCCCUAAACCCCCAGCUCAUACCAAACCCGACUCUGUGUGCUUCGUUUUGAUUUAUAAAAGGUCUUUCCCUAUGGUGCCAAA